AACCUUAAACCCCCUUGUUCUUCUUCUUUCUCUGCAAACAAUAGGGUUUUUGAAAAUGGAGUUCGAGAAGAGAAAAUCAGCAACGUUAUCUUCAUUAGCCUCAUCGGAAACUGACAAAUCACCAAAAGGCACAGUCGACACACCCAUUAUCCCACUUCUCAACUCUCUCAAUUCCCACCCCAAUUACUUCACCACCAGUUCCUGCUCCGGUCGAAUCUCAAUCCUCGCCCAACCCAAACCCAAACCCAAACCCAAACCUCAAACCGACUCACCCACCAUCAAAAAGAAGGCACGCGGAGGCUCCUGGCUCUUCAUAUCCCACGAACCGGCAAACCCCGACUCAAUUCUCCCCCUCCUCUUCCCUGCCACCUCACUUACUGAGUCAUCCGAUUUGGUAUUCCGAUUCGAGCCGUUGAUUAUUGCGGUUGAAUGCAGAGACAUUGAAUCUGCUCAGUUUUUAGUUUCAUUAGCUAUUUCUUGUGGGUUUAGAGAGUCGGGGAUUACUAGUGCUAGUAUUAAACGAGUUAUUGUUGGUAUUAGGUGUUCUAUAAGAAUGGAAGUACCUCUUGGUGAUACUGAGAAUGUUCUUGUAUCCCCUGAGUAUGUGAGGUUUCUUGUGGAGCUGGCUAAUCAGAAAAUGGAAGCUAAUAGAAUGAGAACUGAAGGGUUUUUUAGUGGUUUGAUUGAACACGGGUUCGUGAGACCCGCACCGGCGGUUUCGGGGAAUGGUGAGAUUGAUUGUGAUAAUUGCGGUGGCGAUGAGGAUGUUCAAGACGAGGAUUUGGCGCUGGCCGGAGCAAAUAAGGAUGCUCGAAAUGGAUGUGUAGGGGUUUCUGAUUGCAGUUUAUCUAAUGUUCAAAUGGUAAUUGUUGGCGAACCUUUAGAGAAACUUUUUCUUUGGGGACAUUCUAGUUGCGUAUUGAAUACUGAGAAAAGCAAGAAAAUUAUUGUAUUUGGUGGUUUUGGAGGCAUGGGAAGACAUGCACGGAGAAAUGACACUAUGAUGCUUGAUCCAUGUAAUGGCACAUUAAAGACGAUUGAUGCUGCUGGUGCACCAUCUCCACGAGUGGGUCACACGGCUUCUUUAGUUGGUGACUUAUUGUUUGUUAUCGGUGGCAGAUCUGAUCCCUUAGACAUUUUGGAUGAUGUUUGGAUUCUUAAUAUUGCCAGUAAGGAGUGGAAGCUGUCAGAAUGUACUGGCAGUUAUAUGCCUCCUAGGCAUAGGCAUGCAGCUGCCGUUGUUGACUCAAACAUAUAUGUAUAUGGUGGACUUCACAAGGAUACUAUUUAUUCAUCCUUGUAUAUCCUGAACACUGAAAAUCUGCAGUGGAAAGAGGUAAUAGACGGUGGUGAGAAGCCAUGUGCUCGCCAUUCUCACUCAAUGGUGGCAUACGAGUCUAAGAUAUUCAUGUUUGGAGGGUAUAGUGGAGAGAAGGCUCUUGGAGAUUUAUACAUUCUUGACGUUCAGACAUGUAUAUGGAAGAAAGAAAAGACAUCCGGUGGAAGUCCACAUGCAAGAUUCUCUCACUCAAUGUUUGUUUACAAUAAUUUCAUUGGAGUUAUUGGGGGUUGUCCCUUCAGACAAAAUUCUCAAGAGUUGGCAUUAUUUGAUCUACAAAAUCAUAAGUGGAAGCACGUGACCGUUGAUUAUAUUGGCAAGGAAUUGCUUGUACGUUGUACAGCCAAUAUGGUGGGUGAUGAACUUGUUAUGAUUGGUGGUGGGGCAGCUUGCUAUGCUUUUGGAACAAAGUUCAGCGAGCCACUGAAAAUCAGCUUGCUUCCUUUAAUGUCUCCAGAAAACAAAAUUUUUCCGUUAGAAAUUGGAGAAAAACAUGACUCUGAAGGAGGAAGAAGUAAUGCAAGUCCUUUAGGUGUAAAUGCAGAAACUGCAACUUAUAACUGUAGCUCCAAUUUGGAGGCUGAGCAGAGUCAGUUGGCUGCUUGGCAUUGGGUUCUAAAACUUGAAAAGAAGUAUGCAAAAUUGGGGAAGGACAUGUUGAAGAAAUUUGGUUGGUUAGAUCUCGCAAGGAAGGUUUACUCUCAGAAGGAUGGAUUACAUAUUUGUUUCCCUAUCACUGAGAAAUUCUAUAAUGUGUUUUCCAAAAUGGAGCAUCAGCAUGGAGAUAUAGCUGAAGGGGUGAUUAGAAAUACAGGUGAGAAGGUUUUAGUAAACGAGGUCUCAUGUUUAACAGCCUUGGAUCUCGUAAAGAACUAUGGUGCCACUUUGCUGGUUGAUGAGGUUGUUGAAGCCAGAAGAACUUCCCAAUCUCCGUUUAUGGCUAUGAAAGAAGCUGUAGCCUUGUUACUCAAGCAUAAAGGCCUAUCGACUGAAUUGUUAGAACAGCUUCCCACUAGAUGGGAGCGGCUUGGGGAUAUUGUUGUACUUCCAGUAACAUCCUUCAAGGAUCCUUCUUGGGACUUCAUUGGAGAGGAGCUCUGGCUUGCUAUUGCUAGAGCACUUAAUGCUCAUCGUCUAGCUCGCAAAGGCCGUGUUGCACCAACUGGAACAAGGGACAGUACUUUAGAAAUGCUGGUGGGAGAUAAUGGCUGGGUAGAUCAUCGAGAAAAUGGGAUUCUUUAUUCUUUUGAUGCUACCAAGUGCAUGUUUUCCUGGGGUAAUCUUUCAGAGAAGCUUCGAAUGGCCCAAUUGAAAUGUGAAAACGAGGUCAUUGUGGAUUUAUUUGCUGGAAUUGGAUAUUUUGUGUUGCCAUUUCUUGUUAGGGCCAAAGCAAAACUGGUUUAUGCUUGUGAAUGGAAUCCCCAUGCAAUUGAGGCGCUGAGACGCAAUCUUGACGCAAAUUUUGUAUCUGAUCGGUGCCUUGUACUUGAAGGCGAUAAUAGGAUGAAAGCCCCUAGAGGAGUAGCUGAUCGGGUUUGUCUUGGUCUUCUUCCAUCAAGUGAGGGCAGUUGGGUAACUGCUAUUAAAGCAUUAAGGAGUGAGGGCGGGAUGUUGCAUGUGCAUGGGAAUGUGAAAGACUCAGAUGAGGAGUCAUGGUCUGAACAUGUUUUGAGAUCAAUGAAUGAAAUUGCUAGAUCAGAAGGUCAUUGUUGGGAGGUCUCGAUAGAACAUGUAGAGAGGGUAAAAUGGUACGGUCCUCACAUACGCCACUUAGUUGCAGAUGUUAGGUGCAGACAGAUUCUAACACAACUGCCGAGACUGUCGAUUUCUUAAAGCUAGCAUAUCAUGCAUUAUAACCUCGCAAAAUGUGAAGGCCAAGGGGAAACUUGAACUGAGUGUCUCUCAUGUUAAGCUUCAAAUGAUGCACCUGUUGAUGGUAAGUGAUCACAAAUAGCUGCUUGGAAAGCCCACCGCCAUAUCACCGGAAAAUCUGGUGAUUAAUUGGUUUUAAGGAGACACUAUGAGUUGCAGAACAUUGAUAAGCCAAUCUGAAUUUGUUGCUUGUAUUUUGAUCUUGAAGCUAUGCUACACAGAAAUUCGCGGAAUUCUGUAGUUUGGUGUUUCACAUUUAUUUUUGAAAACGCUUAGUAUUUUUUCUUUAAA